AGCUUGGAUCCUUGGAACGCCGUGCUGCGAGGGUGCGUAGGACGCUCGGAAGCCAAAGGCUCUGGAAAAAAUCACUGGGCAGAGCAGUUUCUCAAAAUGGAGUGGAGCCUUGACUGCAAAGUGUACGUGGGUAACCUGGGUAGCGGGGCAGCCAAGCACGAGAUCGAGGCGGCCUUCACCAAGUUCGGCCCCUUGCGCAAUGUCUGGGUGGCCCGCAACCCUCCGGGCUUUGCCUUUGUCGAGUUCGAGGACUCGCGCGACGCUGAGGAUGCCUGCCGUGCUCUGGAUGGCAGCCGUCUUUGUGGAACAAGGGUGAGGGUCGAAAUGUCCCACGGCCGAUCGCGCCGUGGUGGAGCUAGCAGGCGCCCACCUGCACCACCACCUCGCUACGGAGGUUACGGAGCUAGGCGGUCCAGGGCAUGCGACAUCACCUCUAACUCUGCCCCCCGAGGGACUAAAGUGACCCAACCCACCACCACCACCACCUUUCUCCUUCGUCAACAACAACAACCACCGCCACACUUCUAUCUCGCUGCGCGGGAAGGGUUUGCCGCCGACGCGGCUGGCUGAGCCACCAACCCCCUCACCCCCUUGAGAGAGAGAGAAAACAUCGGGGACGCCGCCCCUGUGCGAGCAAAUCGAGGCAGCAAUGCCAGCGCCAACAGCUUCCCAACCAACGAACACACUUCCGCUGGGGGAUGGCAACGCAUUCGGCGGCAGACGCCUUCUUCCCUUCUCGUGCCCCCCUUCGCUACGCCACCGCUCGCCUAGCUGGCCGGUCGGCGCUCAACGCUCUUCUUUGCCACUGGCACAGGUCUCGCUCGCCUCGAAGACGUUACUCCCGAAGCCGCAGUCGUAGCCGCUCCCGCAGCUUGCGCAGGUCCACUGGAAGCCGCUCACUCUCUCGGGAGAGGCGUUGAAAGGGCCGAGGGCUGGCCACUCUGCUGUGCUGCUGGCAUCCUGCGAUGGACUGUGGGAAGACUGGGGAAGCAGGACACGCAGUUUCCAACACAUCUCAUGUGUGAUUCCAUACCUUUUUUGUUUUCAUACAAGUUUGUUUUCAGAUAAAGAAAAACUAGAGAGAAAAUCUUUCAUGUGUGUCAUGUAGCUACUGAAAUUGGCAGAGUUCACAAUAAAGGCUUUUCAACUCCCAU